AUGACAAGAAACGGGAGACUCCAUCUAAUGUAAGUUAAUUUUACUUUAUCUUUUCAUCAUUACGAAAAAAGCCGGACAGCAAUUACCGGUUAUUAAAUUUGCCUAAAAACCAACGUCCAGGUUCCGAAACAGAUGUAAAAAAUGUUGAAAAGCUCGCAAUUUAACGACAAUUUUUUCAAAAAACAGGAAAAUCUUGCACUUUUAUGAAUAUCUCACGUUUCUUAAGACUUGAAUUUAUCAAUUCCCAAGCUUUCCUCAAAAACUUCCUGAUUUCUUGCACGGAUGCGUUGUUUACUACGAGAAAAACAAUUACAAAACAACCAUAAGUUGCGCAAUCGUUUCGUGGGUUUGCGGAAAUGGGCGUGAAAAGAGCGGGAAUCAUCUGUUCUCCAGGGUUUUGCAGGAAAAUACAAAAAAACCUAGAGUAAUCCCGGAUCACAGAUGACACAAUAGCAACUUCUUUUCAGUCAAUUCACAAUAUAUAAUCCUGUUUUAAAUAGUAAAUCCAUGCUUAUGCUAUAUUUCAGAUUUCUUUUCAUCUUUACAUUCGUCACAAUUUCAUCAAGUUCCCCUCUUGCCCCUCCCCAUAACCCCACCACGCCUCAUCAAGACUCGCAAAAUGCAAGAUUCUCUCGUUCCGUGACCCCAACAACUCUACUAGAUCACAAAACAACGAAUGUUCUGCAACGACCUGUUACAGUAACCCAUCCCAUUCCAGUCUAG